AUGUCAUACCCGUUUUCAGAUCAUACCAACGCAUCAGAACUUUUUAUAAUAACAUUUCUUUACAUUCUUAUUGCAUUUAUUAUUAUUCUACCACCAAGCGAACUUAUAACAGCUGGCUUUUCUAUCGAGAAUAUUUUCUCUUAUUUUCUUGUUGAAAGCGAAGAAAUAUCUUUCAUACGAUACCAUAUAAAACGUAUUUCAAUUAAAUGUCUCGUUCAUAGUUUUCUACCGUUUGGUUAUGUACUAGUAUUACUCUAUUACUGUGAUUGGUCUUCAGGUGGUACUAAUGUUCCUAUCGAUCUUUUUACACAAACUUCAAUAGUUUUUCGACUUAUUCUUUACAUUUGUCUUCUUAUUCCCAUUGUAACAUCAUUGAUUGUUUUACAAUGGCAUUUAAACGAUUGUCGUAUGCACCCUAUUAUUCGACAAUUACGAUUAUUUAUUCAAACAAACAGUCAACAACCAGAACAAACAUGGCAUACAGUUGAAUCAUCGAUAAAUACUGAAUUCCGUCGGUACGAUAAAUUUACGUGUGGUACCGCAACAUCAAAUGUUCGUUGCUAUGUACUUGAUUCAUGGAUAUUAAAGUGUUCCCUGUAUCAUGUUAAUAUAGCUCAACAAUCAAAUGUACGUGUCGAAUUGGUUGCUGCACAUGAUAUACAUUUACAAGAGACAAAUGAAGAAGUAUCGUUAUCGACACAAUAUCUUAAUCUAGUUGUUAAAAGCUAUCUUGAUGGUGUUAAACCAUUCUAUAUUAGAUUGCGAGCAAGUGAAUAUGAUGAUUUACGAAGUAAACUCCAAACACAUAUAGAAAAUGUAAAAAAUAUUGUCGUACGUCAAUCUCUAAGUGAUCUAUUUGUGGACGAUUUUCGACAACAUGUAAUGAGAAAUCCAAAAUAUCGAUUGCCAGUAACUCAUCAAGAUCUCGAUACAUGUAUUGGCUGUUUACAAACUAACGCUAACGUAAAAUUAGUCAAAAAUUGUGAUGCACCGAAUGUUGGUCAAUGUAAAACAUGUUUUUGUCGACCCAUGUGGUGCCUUGAAUGUUUAGGUAAAUGGUUUGCUAGUAGACAAGAUCAAGCAAGACCUGAAACAUGGCUUCAAUCAACAUGCCCAUGUCCAUCGUGCCGUGCGACUUUUUGCAUACUCGAUAUAUCUAUAAUUGAGUUUUGA